CACUCAGGAAACACCUGCUGCUCCUCAUGCUGACAUCUUAGAUUCAUGUAAAUGAUGAACUUCUUCUCUGAAAUGUAGAGGAACACGUUCUGCAUGUUACUGACUGAUUUCAUCAACAGAAACUGUGUCAUUGUAACGAUCACUUUGAGAUCAGAUCAUGAAUAAAGAGUGUUUAUAAGAAGAAGACGGUGUGUGUCAGAGUGUUGAUGGUGUGUUAAUUAUAACAGUGAGGUGAGUGUUCAGUAUGUAGUACAUCACUGUGGAGAGCUUCAGCUGUGGUGUGUGAUGUUGAGCGUCUCCUCCCUCUGCCCCUCCUCCUGUCUCUCUUAUAGCACGUCCCUGCAGUCUCUCCUUUAUCUGCUCGUCACACCGCUCAUCUCUUCACUCAGCACCAGAGUCCCAUCACACACGGACACCAUGCUGCCAGCGCUCUGCUCUCUCUUCACUGCUCUCUCAUGUGUCAGUGGUGUGACUGUGGUGACACAUAAGCCUCCUGUUCUCACACUGACUGCAGGACAGACGGCCAACAUGGACUGUAACCUGGGGACUGUCACUGGUAGUGCUGCACGCUGGUACAAACAGGUUCCUGGAGGAGUUCCUCAGCAUCAGAAAGAACAAAAACCUCAACUUCAAGUCAUUGGAACUGAAGUGGAAACUCACUUAAUGUUCACUGAAGACACUUUGAAUUCUUCCCAUGUAAAGAUCACAGAUACGCACGUCCCUGCAGUCUCUCCUUUAUCUGCUCGUCACCCCACUCAUCCUUCACUCAGAACGAGAGUCCCAUCACACACGGACACCAUGCUGCCAGCGCUCUGCUCUCUCUUCACUGCUCUCGCAUGUGUCAGUGGUGUGAUUGUGGUGACACAGAAGCCUCCUGUUCUCACACUGACUGCAGGACAGACGGCCAACAUGGACUGUAACCUGGGGACUGUCACUGAUCAUUCUUCACGCUGGUACAAACAGGUUCCUGGAGGAGUUCCUCAGCAUGUAAUAAGGCAUUAUCAUGAGUGGAGCUCUCCAAAAUAUGGAUCUGGUUUCUCGUCUCCUAAAUUCACAUCAACAUACUCGUCUAAAUCAGAUUAUAAGCUGAUAAUCAGUAAUGUGGAGGUGGGAGACUCAGCAGUGUAUUACUGUCACACAUGGGACGACUCUGCUAAAGAGAUUGUAUUCGGCCAAGGAACAAAGCUGAUCGUCAGCGACGCUGCUCUCCCGUCUCCUGUUCUGAAGCUUCUCCCUCCGUCCACUGAAGAGCUGAAGACUAAAAAAGCCACUCUAGUGUGUUUGGCCAGCGACAUGUCUGUUGGUUUCGCUGAUGUGAGUUGGCUCGUGGACGGGAACUCGGUCACCAGUGGAGUCGUCACCGGCUCUGCACAGCAGCAGGACAAUAAGAAGUUCACACUGAGCAGCUAUUUGACCAUCGACAGCUGCGAGUGGGACAACGACAAAGUCAUAACGUGUGAAGUGUCUGCUGGAGGAAAAGCCGCAUCGGUGAAGAUUAACAAGUCUGAAUGCAGUGAAUGAACCAGAUUAUUGCUUUAUACAUAUAUAAAUGUUUCAGAAAUGUUUUUUAGAUGUUCUAGCUGAAUGUGUAGAAAAAUUAAGGAUAUAAACUCCUGCAUGUAAUCAAAAUAGAAGCGGAAUUAAAGUGCAGUCCUGAAAAAGAAAA